AUGACGCUCCUCAGACCCGCUUCGUUGCUUCGUUCGGCCGCCAUGUUACGGCCGGCGGUAGCUUCUUCCAGACCCACGCUGCCCUUCGCCACACGGUUCUAUGCGCACUCUGGCUAUGGCGACGGCAAAGGCGACCCGGUUGGCGAGAAUCCUCAGAAGCAGCCGCCCGCAAAGUCAAGGGAUCUUGAACAUCCGGGUCCUCCUCCACCGGACGUCGGCAAGGGCACCGACGCCACGGCGUCGAAGACGGGCAGCAAAGAUACGAACAGCGGCGGCGGUGGGAAGAAGCCGCAGAACAGUCAUGCAGUCAAAGGUGCGGAGCCCAAGAUCCUCAAUGAGAACCCACCUUCGGAAGAAGCGCCCGAGGUGAAGCAGCACAACAAGGAAAUGGAGCAGCGUGCCGAGAGGGCGGAGACUAAGGUCAGCAACGAAGAUGCGGAGAAGGACAAGGUGCCGCCUGGAUUCUGGUCUGGCCACGGCGGAACUAAGGGCGGUUAG